CUGAAUGCCCAGCUAAACAUAUAACCCCUUCCACUGCCCAAUCUCUGCAUACCCACUAGUCAAGUAAAAUGUUCCGUCGCGCCAUCUCUACCUCCCUUGCCACCACCUCUCGAAUGCCCCUCCGAGCGUCUAUCCACCCCGGACGCUGCAACAGCAACAUACUCCCUCUCCAAGCGACCCGGGAAAAGACCACGGUCUCCAGUAUCUACACUGACAAAUGCUAUGCGCCCUUCGCCCACUAUUCUCAAGCCAUCAAAGCCGGUAACCACAUCUGGCUCUCCGGCCAGAUCCCGGCCGACGCCCAAGGGAACCUGAUCAAGGGGUCUGUGACGGAGAAAACCCAGGCCAUCAUCCAGAACACGGAGGCUAUCCUCCAGGAGGCGGGCUCCGGGCUGGAUCGGGUGGCUAAGGUUGUGGUAUACGUGACGGAUGCAAGCAUCAUGCCUGAAUUCGCCGAGGUGUAUGACCCGGCGUUCCCCCAUCGGCCGGCUCGUUCGAUGGUGGAGGUGUCCAAGUUGCCGGCCGGGGUGGAUAUUCAGGUGGAUUUCUUCGCGGUGGUUUAAGGCGACUUAGAGAUCAGCAAGAGUACGUUUCCAUGGGAUGGGGAGAUGAAAGCAUUGGGCAGAUGGAUGGAUGAAUUAUGUGUCUGAUGUACUCGGG